GCCGCGCCGCGCCCCGGGCGGGACCUCGAGAAUCUCCUGCCCCGCCGGCCGCUCCCGACCUUGCGGGCGGGACCCGACGGGGGGGCGCGUGGCUUCGGGGAAGCGGGUCCUUCCUCGAGGCCCCGGAGCGCGGCCGCGCGGCCCGACGCUGCCCGGCAGGGCGGGGCGGGAGCUGGCGCUGGGGCUGCACCGGGCAGUUGCGCAAGUUGUGCUCGGGCGGCUAUAAGAGCAGCGGGCAGGCAUGGAGCCCCUGAGGAAUCGGAGGAAUCGCGGCGCGAGCAGCUGCGAGGCACAAGAAGACCAUCCUGGGAAGGAAGAUGCAUUGUGGACCCCUGUGGCAAUUCCUGUGGCUUUGGCCCUAUCUCUCCUACAUUGAAACUGUACCCAUCCAAAAAGUCCAGGAUGACACCAAAACCCUCAUCAAGACAAUUGUCACCAGGAUCAGUGACAUUUCACACACGCAGUUGGUUUCCUCCAAACAGCGUGUCACCGGUUUGGACUUCAUUCCUGGGCUCCACCCUGUCCUGAGUUUGUCCAAGAUGGACCAGACAUUGGCAGUCUACCAACAGAUCCUCACCCGUCUGCCUUCCAGAAAUGUGAUCCAAAUAUCUAAUGACCUGGAGAACCUCCGGGACCUUCUCCACCUGAUGGCCUUCUCCAAGAGCUGUCCUUUGCCCAGGGCCAGGGGCCUGGGGACCUUGGAGAACCUGGGUGGCAUCCUGGAAGCUUCACUCUACUCCACAGAGGUGGUGGCCCUGAGCAGGCUGCAGGCGUCACUGCAGGACAUGCUGCGGCAGCUGGACCUCAGCCCUGGGUGCUGAAGCCUUGGGGCCUCUCUUCCCAAAGUGUCUCCAUGAGAAGAGAGCCUGUGUGAAUACCGUUUAUUGGGCUCCCGCCCACCUCUCUCACUCCUCUAAGCCACUCUUCCGGAGGCAGAAGACUCCAAGGCACAAAGCUGAGGAUAGAAGGCCAUGAUUCCUCACUCACCAGAAAGGGGGAAAGGGGACCCCUCCAGCAGCAGUGGACUGGAUGCGGAGCUCUCACAAGUCUCCUCUCAUCCAGCUCCCCUUACUGUGUGCUUCCGAGUGCCCCUGGAGUGACUUCAGGGGGCAGGUCACAGGCCUUUGGAUGACCAAGCAAAGCUCCACCUGGGAAUUCUGGGGAAUACCAUGAAGGCUAAACUCACACACAGCUGGAAACUCCCAAGCAAUACAAGUUGGAAGCACUUAUUUAUUUAUUAUGCAUUUUAUCCUAGAUGGAUUUGAAGCAAAACAUCAGCUUUUCCAGGCUCUUCGAGGUCCUUGCAUUCCAGAUGGCAGUUGAGGUCAGGGUUAGGCAUUCUGGGGUGCAAUUUCCAAUCCCAUUGAUGGGCCUGGCAGAGGCAAACCUGUUUUGAGUGACUUGAGGCCUCUCAAGUUCAUUUUCUAGUAACUGGCUUUGUUUCUACUGUGACUGGUUUUAAAUUACAGUGUCUGCAAUGUCAUUGUCCUGAGCAGAUCACCGAGGGCCAGGCAUUUUUUUUUUUAAGAUGAAUUUUGUCAAGUGGAAUAUAUAGCUGUGUGCAUCUGGGAGUGGGAGGGGGAAGGAUCCAGAUGCAGUUUCUGAAUAACAUUCCUGUGAUGGGCUCUUUGGAUGGGGUGGAGUCAUUUUCUCAUCUUCUACAACCACUUAGUGUGGUUUUCGCAAAAACAACAAAGGAGAUGACUCUUUCAGAGGGGCUGCAGGUUUGGCCAGCUGCCCAUGGAGGGAGUGGGCAUAAGACUGUGUGUUGGAGAAACGGUGAGCUCUGGCCUUCUCUGACUGCCAGAGAGAGAGGUCGUUCCUAUCGGGGAGCAAGGGGCCCACACAGGGGCAAUGACCCUCUGAGCAGAGGUCCUCAGCUGUGGCCCCAGAAUGGUCUGAGAGUCGAUCCCACCCUGGGUUUAUAACACAGCACUGUCCCUCCUUGGAAUUUGCAUGCCGAAUGGUGGUUCUCAUCUGACUGGCUCACCAGAAGCAAGGCCAUGUUUCCCACCCAUUCAGGGAGGAUUUUUAUUCCAGUGGAAGGUGAAAUCCAUGGGAGGGUUGUGGGCUUUAGCAGAUGGUCCCAAGACCUGGGCCAGCACUGCUGAGUGAGUCCCAGGACCCCAGGCCAGGCCACCAGGAGUGCCUUUCUCAUUAGAGGUCAUGUUCAAUAGCAUGAACAAGAAGGCUCAGGUUUUCCAUUCCGCCCCUGUGAUGCAGGCCUCCUACCCCAGGAGGUGGAUCUGAUCAAGGAAAUUUGAAUCAAAACAAUCAGCCUUAGGACUGAGCACCUACUUUGUGCUCAGCCCUGAUUGGUGCUGUGGGCUAGAGCUCACCAAGUAACAUUAAAAUCCAGGCCUGCCCUCAGGGACCUUGCAUUCCAGAUGGCAAAAACCCCGCACACCCUCAUGCCGAGGCUGGCUUUUCACCAGGGCAACCAAGCAGCUGAAGCACAGUGCUGACCCAGCCGGUGGGGAGUGCUGGGCUGCCCAUGGCAGUGCCCAGGGGCCCACAGGCUCACCCUCCUUGCUCUUGGUAGCAUUUUUACCUUUUCAGGGCACAUCAGCAUCUGUUAUUGUGUAGCCACAUCUCUUUGAAGCAGGAUAGCUGAGAACUUAAAAAUAAGAAAAUACCCAAGACUGUGACAGCAGACAGGCUGCAGGGCCGGGACUAGAACUCACAUCCUCCGGCCCCCAGAGUGUCCCUUGAGCCAGAUGAUGUUCUCUGGAGGUGCAAAUAGGGUUGAGCAGGGGAAUCCAGGAGUGCUAGCUGGAAAGGAGGAAUUUUGAGGCCCAUUUUGCGGGUGAGGGAUAUGAAUUGCCUGGAGGGAAGAGGCUGCUUCGUUUGAAGCUUUGGUGUGUGGAGAUGCCAAGUGUGAGCAGCCAGCUGUGAAGAAAGGCGGAGAAAGGAAAGACGGGGGAAAGGGGACAUGUUGAAGAUGCCUUCAGGGGCAAAGAAGUUCGACGUUGGAAGGUACAAGUCAAAUGUUCUAGAGCAGAGACUCAGGAGAGGGACUGAAUAAGACCCGCUCUGGAUAGUAGGACCUAGACAAUCAUGGCCACCAAGUCAGGCUGGGAUGUUUUAAGCCUUUCACUCACCAAAACCUGGCACCGUGGCUCAUUCUCAGUGUGAAACUUCCAAAUGUAAAUGAUUGUCUUUUUUUAUAACUCAAAAAAAAAAUUGCUGUCAAAAAAUGUCCAAAUAAAUUACCUUUACCCCCUGG